CUAAAACCAUAAGUAAUUAACACGCUGGCUCACUCUCAAGCCCUUACCGCCCGUCUGAUCGUCACCUACUCACUUCGCUUCUUUUUGUUAGUUUUCUAUGCAUUGUAAAUUCGUUAUCACUUUAUCUGUCUCUCACUGAAAAAAUCAUUUUGUUUGGUUCUCCAUUUAUUCUGCUGAAGGGAAACUUAAAAUUGAAGGUAGAUAACUCAGAGGGUAUUUGGUUGUGUUCCCAUUUCAAGUUAAGUUGCUGUCACAUCAGCACCGCAUAAAUGAUUCAGCUUCAAUGUUCAAAUUCAUGUUUGGUAUAGCAGGUUCAAUUGGGUUCAGUAAUACUUCCAAUAAUUAUUAAUAGUCUUUUCAAGUGAUCAGAGCUUAGCUUACACUUUCUUUGAUUGAAGUGACUUGAUUUUAUUUUUUCUGCUUCAUCAGUGUGGGAGUUAAUUAUACGGUGUGUGUAAUUGUGGUGAAAUCGUAAAUCAGAGAAUCAAGUUGGUUGGUGAAAAUGACUAUAACUGGAUAUGCUUCUGCUAUCAAUCCAAUUGGGAAAGCUAAUGGAACAAAUCUGUGGAAGUUGCAUUCAACUCGAGGUUAUAGAUUCUCUUCUAUUUUCACUUACAACAAUCCAUUAGCCUUUGGAAGGAGUGUUUUCAUGGGAUAUCAUUUGAGAAGGCCAAGGAAGCAUAUUGGCCCCUUGCAGGUUGUUUGCAUGGAUUAUCCAAGACCAGAACUUGAGAAUACUGUUAAUUUCUUAGAAGCUGCUUACUUAUCUUCAUCCUUUCGUACUUCUCCCCGUCCAAACAAACCAUUACAAGUUGUAAUUGUUGGUGCAGGUUUAGCAGGUCUAUCCACUGCCAAGUAUCUAGCAGAUGCAGGUCACAUGCCUAUAUUAUUGGAAGCAAGAGACGUUCUAGGUGGAAAGGUGGCUGCUUGGAAGGAUAAUGAUGGAGACUGGUAUGAAACUGGGCUACAUAUAUUUUUUGGAGCAUAUCCAAACAUGCAAAACUUGUUUGGAGAACUUGGUAUUAAUGAUCGGUUGCAAUGGAAGGAGCAUUCUAUGAUUUUUGCUAUGCCAAGCAAACCAGGGGAGUUCAGCCGAUUUGAUUUCCCUGAAGUUCUUCCUGCACCCUUAAACGGGAUCUGGGCCAUCUUAAAGAACAAUGAAAUGCUGACUUGGUCAGAGAAAGUACAGUUUGCCAUUGGACUUUUGCCUGCAAUGAUUGGCGGACAGGCUUAUGUUGAGGCUCAAGAUGGUCUAACUGUUAAAGAGUGGAUGAGAAAACAGGGUAUACCAGAUAGAGUGACUGAUGAGGUGUUUAUCGCAAUGUCUAAGGCACUAAACUUCAUAAAUCCAGAUGAGCUUUCAAUGCAAUGCAUUCUGAUUGCUUUGAAUCGGUUUCUUCAGGAAAAACAUGGUUCUAAGAUGGCAUUUUUAGAUGGCAACCCUCCAGAGAGACUCUGCAUGCCUAUUGUGGAUCAUAUCCAGUCACUGGGUGGUCAAGUUCAACUUAAUUCACGCAUACAAAAGAUCGAGCUGAACAAUGAUAAAACUGCUAAGUGUCUUAUUCUAGGUAAUGGGAAUAAAAUAGAAGGGGAUGCCUAUGUAUUUGCAACUCCAGUUGAUAUCCUGAAGCUUCUUAUACCUGAAGAUUGGAAAGAGCUCCCGUAUUUUAGGAGGUUGGCCAAAUUAGUUGGAGUUCCAGUUAUUAAUGUUCACAUAUGGUUUGAUAGGAAAUUGAAGAAUACAUAUGAUCAUCUACUUUUCAGCAGAAGUCCCCUUUUGAGUGUUUAUGCUGACAUGUCUGUAACAUGUAAGGAGUAUUAUGACCCAAAUAGAUCCAUGCUGGAAUUGGUUUUUGCACCUGCCAAGGACUGGAUCUCUUGCAGUGAUUCGGAAAUUAUUGAAGCUACCAUGAAGGAGCUUGAAAAACUCUUUCCAGAUGAAAUAUCUGCAGAUCAAAGCAAAGCCAAGAUUUUGAAGUAUCACGUUGUUAAAACACCACGGUCGGUUUAUAAAACAGUUCCUAAUUGUGAACCAUGCCGCCCCAUACAGAGAUCUCCUAUAGAAGGGUUCUAUCUGGCUGGUGACUACACAAAGCAGAAGUACUUGGCUUCAAUGGAAGGUGCUGUUUUGUCUGGGAAGCUCUGUGCACAGGCAAUUGUGCAGGUAACAGAAGCAGUGAUUUCAUAGCUUUCAUGUUUAUCC